AUGGCUCCUCUGCUAGCUUUCCCCCCAGUCUCUCAGCAGCAGCAGCCCUCUCUGCUCUGCUCUCCUCCACCCCCCCUCGACGCUGCAAGGGCAAUUGAGCCCCCGCGCACGCCCCGCAACCGUCUGGCGCCCGCAAACAUAUUUUCCUCUCACGACCCGCCUUCACGAGAUCACGACCGCCACGCGCCACCAGCUAUUCCCCAGUACCGCACCUCGCUCCAGCUACGCCAGGAACAAGCUGAAGCCUUCUAUCGCACCCAACACAACUGCUCCAGAGCCUCGAGCUCCUCGGGAAGCGCCCCCUAUAGCCUCCGCCGCACCCCCAACUUUGAGCGCGCCAGGUCCGCCGAACCGACCACCCAGCAACCGCCGCCGCCGCCGCCGCCACAGCAGCAGCGUGUUCGGUUCCAGACACCUCGCCCGUACUCUGCAGAACCCCAUCCUGCCCUUCGAAUCAGCAGGCGUACUGCGUCGGCAAUACGCUUCGUGCUCGAAGAGGCCCUGCGCGUGCCCCAUCCAUUCACACCGGAUCUGGUUGAAGAGAACGCCCGCAUGUCGGAUUUGACCGGCGGCCGCGCUGCCAAUGGCGGGGCCCGUACAACUGGUGGUCCUGUACCUGUCGAUCGCUCCAAUAUUCGCACCCCUACGCAGAUCAUGAACGCUAGACGCCAACGGGCUGAAGUCGAGGAACAACGAAAGGCCGCAGAGGAGGAGCGCAGGAGAGCCAGCGCAGAAAGAAGAGCUCAAGCUGUUUCUGGUGUAACUGGAGCACCAACCACAGACCCCGGCACCCAGAGGCAGCCUCAGUCAGCUCCACGGUCGGCCGAUCAGUACGCCCAGUACCCGGCCUCGUCUGGCGGUGUACCCCGACAGCCCGAACGGCCCAUUCCAGCUCAGAGCGCCAUGAAUGAGCCGCCAGAUGCGACGACGGGCGCCUCGCAAUCUCGCCCUAGAGCAGCUUCGCAAAGCCAGCAGCCGUCUCGACCUACCCAGGCGAAUCUAGGCGUACCCACGUCUGCAGAAUCCGGCAGACGGCCAGCCGGCGCGGGCCACGCACGACGGCCUUCUGCUCCUGCAGCCACGUCACAAGCCGGUCCGUCUGCCACUGCACAGCCGCGCCCACCGCCCGCGCCCGGUUCAGCUGCUGGGCAGGCGCGAGACUCGACGACAUCAAACUUUCCGCAUGCUUUCGAGCGCUGGGAGACUCUCUCUUCGCACUGGGAAGGCCUCACCUCGUACUGGAUACGGCGGCUCGAGCAGAACACGGAUGAGGUUCGCAGAGAGCCGCUGGCCCAGCAGUUGUCGCGGCAGAUUACCGAUCUCUCCGCCGCCGGCGCAAACCUCUUCCAUGCCGUGGUUGAGCUGCAGCGCCUGCGCGCGUCUUCGGAGCGCAAGUUCCAGAGAUGGUUCUACGAACACCGCCAGGACCAGGAAAAGGCGCAGGAGCGCGAGGCACAGCUGACAGAGCAGAUCAACACGGAGCGCGAAUUGCGCCUCGAGGCUGAAGCCAAUCUGGAGCGCAUGGCUACCGAGAAGAAGAAUGCCGAGCGAGCCGUCACGGAGAUGAAGCGCGAGUUGCAGAUUUCCAAGGAAGAAGCGCGCCGGGCGUGGGAAGAGCUUGGAAGACGCGAGCAAGAGGAGCGCGAUCGCACUUUUUCGCUGCGAGAGGGCCAGCCUACCCUGGUUGGUGGAGUGCAAGUAGUCCCAAUGGCGCAGAACAUGGGACGCGGAGGAAGAGGCCAUGGUGACGACACGUAUGGCGGUGGGCAGAGCAGCGGGUCCGGCAUCGAGCAACACUACUCGUAUGAAGAAGGCCCUCAGUCGCCGACCGACACCGAUCCCUUUACAGAGGGUGGGCGUCAUGGCCAGCGGGAGCAUGACAUGCCUGCACCUUUGGCCCAGGGCACUUAUGUUCCGUCCGGCGCAGCUUCGUCGUCCCGACCUGGUGGCACUAAUGCUGCUGGAGACUCGACGCUCGCUCCAGCGCCUCUGCAAUAUCCUUAUUACACGUCGCAAUCGCAGCAAACGCCCACUCAACCCGCCAUGUCGCAGCCUGAGGCGUUUUAUCAGCAGCCAGGCUCGUACUUGCACCAGGAGUCUGAAUCGGGUCUGCCAGAGGAUGAGCAGUCGUAUGUGACGUCUCAGGCAGACGAGUCGGAAGCUGAUGUCGAGUAUGCGCUUGAUGAGAGAGGCAACUACAUUCGCGAUGAGUCUGGUCACCGCAUCCCGUUCCGGUCCCUCCAGUCGCCUGGUUCGGACGAUUAUGACGUAGAAGACGCUCGCCGGCGUGAGCUUGAGCAUCUACAGCACUACGGAACGGCGACGGGUUCGCAAGGCGGCUAUGCAACGGCGUCUAGCGGGCCAUCCUCGCAUUCCCAAGGCUACGCCACCUCUGGCAGCCAGCCAGACUACAGCGGAGACGGUUAUGGUGACGAGUGGGUAGGCAUGAGGCACCACCACCCCACAAGAUUGAGCGAUGUACCAGAGGAAGACGAGAGAAGUCGGACUUCGCCCAGCCGGGCGAGCCAGGCCAGCCGAGGACGUCUAUAUUAG